AUGGAGAUUUGGUUGGUGUGUUUGGGGCUGUUGCUGCGACUGCUGAACGUGCUGCUGAAACCGAUCGUCGCGUUCAUCGGUGGUCCGAAGCGGAACAUUCCGUUCCCGGAGAUACGCAACGAUAUGCUCAACAUUCCGGCAGUCGAUCUAGCCGAGCGGAUACGCAACAAGGAGCUUCGAUCGGAGGAUGUUGUGCGGGCCUACAUCGAUCGCAUCCGUGAGGUUAACCCACUGAUCAAUGCCGUGGUAGAGGAACGAUUCGGUACCGCAAUUGAGGAAGCACGCAAAGCCGAUGUGCUGAUUAGCGAAACGCAACCGCUUUGGCUGAUCAAAAACUACCCACUGCUCGGUGUGCCCUUCACCGUGAAGGAAUCCUGCUCACUGCGCGGUGCCCCCAUCACCGGCGGCUCGUUAGCCAGGAAGGGUGUGCGGGCGAUCGUGGACGGUGAGGCGGUGGCACAUCUCAAAGCAGCCGGGUGCAUCCCACUGCUCGUGUCCAACACUCCCGAGUACUGUUUGAACUGGGAAUCGUACAACCAUUUGACGGGUCGCACACUCAACCCCUACGAUAAUCGACGAACGGCGGGUGGUUCCUCCGGCGGGGAAGGAGCACUGAUCGGAGCAGGUGCUUCGUUGUUCGGGGUUGGAAGUGAUGUCGCCGGAUCUAUCCGCGUCCCAGCCCACUUUAAUGGUAUCUUCGGCCAUAAACCAACCGCAGGCGCCAUCUCCAUCGACGGUCACUUUCCGAUGUCCACAGACGAAAAGUUCGCCCGACUGUUGACGGUGGGACCGAUGGCACGGUAUGCAAAGGAUCUGCCAACGCUGGUGCACAUCAUGGCUGGCCCGAAUGCGGCCCGGCUGCGGCUGGACGAGUCCGUGCACACGAAGGACAUACGCAUUCUGUACGCCGAGGACAUGGGCUUCAACCCGGGCCACAUACCGGUGGACGACGACAUCAAGAUGGCGCUGUAUCGAGCUGUCCAGUACUUCAAGGGUCACGGGCUGGCGACGGAGCGGGCCGAGUUUGACCAUAUGGCCGAAGGUAUGGAGCUUGCGUUUAGUGUGCUGCAAUCGCUCGAGGAUGUGCCAAGCAUCUUUCACAAUCCGGACAAUCCGAAAGCCACCCCCAGCCUAAUGAUCGAGCUGGCCCGGUGUGCUAUUGGUCAGUCGCAGUACACCCUCGCCGGUAUCAUGUUCUAUGUGAUAUUCGGACUGAAGAACUUUUUCUCCGCUGACGGGCUGGAGAAUUACCUAGAGCUGGCGACGAAACUCCGCAGACAAAUGAUCGAAACACUAGGAACCGAUGGUGUGUUCUUCUUUCCCACCUAUCCAACUUCAGCACUACGCCACUACGAAUCGUUCGGUCAUAUUAUGGGCGUUGGGUACACGAUGCUGUUCAACUCACUUGGUCUACCGGCCACGCACGUGCCGCUAGGGUUGGACCGCAAUGGACUUCCGAUCGGAAUACAGGUUGUGGCCGCACCGUAUCAAGAUCGGUUAGGGCUUUGCAUUGCCCGCGAACUGGAAGCUGCUUUUGGUGGCUGGCAGGCACCGAGAUGA